UAAUAUAUAAUUGGAAACAUUGACCUACGGGAGGAUGACUUGCAGGUCAACUGUUUCCCAAUUCUCGAAGUCACUUAUUUGUACAUCAUUCGAUUGCCUUGCCAAAUCCCACCCAACUUUUGUCACAUUUCAGCUUAUUGUUCUUGAAAGUUUGCUGAUUUUCCCAUGGAGUCGACACACAAAUGGAAAUAUGAUAGUGUUCUUGAAUUUUAGAGGUGAAGACACUCGCAAUACCUUUGUUUCCCAUCUUUACACAUUUCUGAAAUUCAGAGGGAUUUAUGUUUUUAAAGAUGAUGACAAACUUGAUAGAGGAAAACCCAUUUCACAAGAACUAUUAAAAGCCAUAGAGGAAUCAAGAUUUGCCAUUAUUAUCUUCUCUAAGAACUAUGCUUCUUCCACUUGGUUUUUAGAAGAGCUCAAUAAGAUCAUGGAAUGCUUUCAAACAAGGGUCAAGUUCCAAUUCCAGUCUUUUAUCACGUCGACCCAUCAGAUGUACGCCACCAAAGAAAUAGCUUUGCUGAAGCACUGGCUAAGUAUGAUACAGAAUUAGUGACUACUGAUUUGGAGAAAGUGGAUAAGUGGAGGAAGGCUCUUAUUAAAGCUGCCAAUAUAUCAGGAUGGGAUGUUGCUAAAACAGCUAAUGGGGGACAGAAGCAGUUAAGGGCAUAAUGGUACCUAGUUGCAUAGAACCGCAUGUAUGUGGUUGGAGCAAAGCUUUCAGAAAGAUGAACAAUGUAAGGUUACUUGUAGUUAGAGGGGAUGAAGUCCGAUGUCAUGACCCACUUGCUGACAUUAUUGAUUAUCUCCCAAAUAGCUUGCAGUGGCUUGAUUGGUCACUCUACCAGUUCAAAUCAAUACCAGAAAACUUAUAUCCAAGAAAGCUUUGUUGGGCUUAGCAUGACUUCAAGUUCUGUAAUUGAACUUUGGAAGGGAUUGAAGAUUUUCGAUAAGUUGACAACCAUCAAUCUAAGCUGGUCCAAAAAUCUACGGAAAAACUCCUGAUUUUUCAGGGAUCCAAAAUCUACAGAAUUUGAUACUAAAAAAAUGUGUAAACUUGGAAGAGGUCCAUCCGUCCAUUGGUGUCUUUGAAAGCUUCUUUUGCUAAACAUGGAGUACUGCAGAAAUGUUAAGUCUCUUCCAAGCAGUAUUCACAUGAGAUCUCUCGAAGAUUUAAACCUCUCUGGUUGUUUGAAAUUGGAGGACUUUCCAAAGAUAGUGGGAAACAUGGAUUGUCUAUCAGAGCUUCAUCUGGCAGAUACUGCAAUAUGGAAACUACCGCCAUCAAUAGGAUGUCUGCCUGCCAUCAGCUUGCUUGACAUGAGUUUCUGUAUAGAACUUGUAAGCAUCCCAGCUAAUCUUUGCAAUCUCAUGAAUCUGAAGACUCUUAUAUUGGAAGGCUGUUCAAAACUUGUAACAUUGCCAGAGAACUUUUGCAAUCUAAAACAACUGGAAGUGUUAAAUGCUGCUGGCACUGCCAUCUCUCAAUUGCCAGAUUCCUUUUGGAGGUUAAAGUACCUUACAUUCCUAUCUAUUAAAGAAGGACGCAAUUUAAAAUUCCUGUCUCUUGUGAGGAUCUCAUUCUUUCCUACUCCCUCCGGUUUGAACAAAUUGAAAAGAUUAGAUCUCAGUGAUUGCAGUUUUCUUGAUGAUGAAAUCGAUGGUAUUAAUUACUUGCGUUCUUUGGUGGAACUAAACUUGAGCAGAAACCAGUUUGUCUAUUUGCCUACCAGCAUCACUCAGCUUUCUCGGCUGCAAUUUCUUAACAUAACCUAUUGUGAGAAGCUUAAGAAACUUCCCAGGCUUCCUCGAAGUAUAAAGGAUUUGUAUCUAGAUGAUUUUCUAGCCAGAAAAGUUAUUUAUGAUCUGCCAUGUUACCAGCACUUGCAUUUGGUCUCAUUCACCAACGUUAGUUAUGAACAACUCUAUUCUGGGAAGAUCUAUAGUAGCUCCUUUUUGGAUGGAGAUCACCAAGAGCAGACGACUAGUGUGUUGACACAGGUUCUCAGCUUGUUUCUUGCAGUCCCUGGUGCACAUUUCUCGUGCACCAGUAAUAUUGUGCUCUCUCCCUCGCUUGACUUUGGUUGCAGAUUGACUUGUGGUAUCAUCUUUCCCGAACGUGCAAUUCCCAACUUGUUCGAAUAUCGAAGUAAAGAGGAAAAGAUCUCUGUUAACUUGCCUGGAAAUUGGUAUGAGAAGUUUCAGGGCUUUGCUAUAUGCUGUGCCACUUACAUGGGAAAUGGGAUUAAUGAUCCUGAUUUAGGCAUAUCCGGGAAUUAUGACUAUACUUUCAUCUCAGCCAAGUUGAUAUGCAGUAAGUGCCCACAAGAAUUUGAAUUGCUGGAAACAAAAUGUUAUAUGGGCACGACAUCAAGUUCUCGUAGCUGCUACGUGUGUUUUGCCUACAUACCAUGUAUUACGUUUUGGCAGGCAUCUGGCUCGGAAGCUCGAAAUUUAAGCCACUACACUGUGCUUGAGGCUUCUAUUGACUGGACUAUUGCAAUGGAGCGGGGAGUACAAUUGAUUCCUCAUUCGACUUUUGGACUAGAAAAUACUCGGGACAUGCACCUCCACCGCUACACUAGAAGCUUAUCUUUUUGUUAAGAAAUUCAAACAGUUUAUAUGUAUGAAGAGAUAUCGUUUCUAUCAUAUUUUGUGCAAUAUAAACUUGGGAAAAUUCACUAAAA